AUGAAGUCGUAUCAGAAGCUGACGACAACAGUGCCACAGCCGGUGGCAUGCCGGGUGGAGGAGGAAGGGGCUGCCCCCGUGCCUGCCAGCCGUGGGAAGCUGGCCCCAUGUUGGGUGGGCAGCGGGCUGCUGGUGGCCGCCGUGCUGCUGAGCACUGUCACUGUCUGGGUGCUGCGGCAAGUAUCGGGGGGCUGGCCCGGACCCACACCACCCCCCAAGUGUCUCCUGGUACCUGAAAGCCACCGCUUUGACUGCUACCCAGAGCGGCGCGUGGUGGUGACCCAGGAGCUCUGUGAAAGCCGGGGGUGCUGCUUCAUUGAGAGCCCCCCGCUGGCGGGGGGCAAGCGGGGGGUGCCCUGGUGCUUCUACCCCCCUGACUUCCCCAGCUACACCCUGGAGAGCCUCAACCAGACAGCACUGGGCAUGGUGGGGUUGCUGGUGCGGAGGGAGAAGGCCUAUUACCCACAGGACAUCGAGAUGCUGAGGCUGGACGUGGAGUUUGAGACGGACACACGGCUGCACAUCAAGAUAACGGAUGCGGCCAACCCGCGGUACGAGGUUCCCCUCGGCGUUCCCCGGGCAAUGAAGAAAGCAGAAAACCCCAUCUACAGCCUGGACUUCUCCCAGAACCCCUUCGGCGUGCUGCUGCGGCGCAGGGCGACAGGAACAGUACUGCUCAACACCACCGUUGCCCCCUUGAUCUUCGCUGACCAAUUUCUCCAGAUAUCCACAUCGCUCCCCUCCAGGUUCCUCUACGGGCUAGGGGAGCAUCGCAGCACCCUCCUGCACAGCCUGGACUGGAACACCCUCACCCUGUGGGCCCGUGACGUCUCUCCCACGGAAUCAUUCAACCUCUAUGGCGCUCACCCCUUCUACCUGCUGAUGGAGGAGGGCGGAGAUGCUCACGGGGUUUUCCUCCUCAACAGCAAUGCGAUGGAGGUGGCCCUGCAGCCUGCUCCGGGUCUGACCUGGAGGACUAUCGGAGGGGUGCUGGAUAUUUACAUCUUCCUGGGGCCCGAUCCCAACAUGGUCAUCCAGCAGUACCAGCAGGUGAUAGGUUUCCCAGCCAUGCCACCCCUCUGGGCACUCGGCUUCCACCUCUGCCGCUGGGGCUAUGGAUCCAGCAAUGAGACCUGGCAGACCGUGAGAGCCAUGAGGAAUUACCAGGUCCCCCAGGAUGCACAGUGGAAUGACAUCGAUUACAUGGAUGGGUACCGGGACUUCACCUUCGAUCCCCAAAAAUUUGCCUCCCUCCCCUCGCUGGUGGAAGACCUCCACAAACAUGGGCAGCGCUACGUUAUGAUCUUGGAUCCUGGCAUCAGCAGCACCAACCCUCAUGGCUCCUACUGGCCUUUUGAUGAAGCCUUGAGACGGGGCUUGUUCCUCAACACCACCCAAGGGCAGCCGCUCAUCGGGCAGGUCUGGCCUGGCUACACUGCCUUUGCAGACUUCUCCAACCCAGACACGCACCAGUGGUGGCUGGAGAACUUGCAGCGCUUCCAUGCUCACGUGCCCUUUGAUGGCCUCUGGAUCGACAUGAAUGAGCCAUCCAACUUCAUGGAUGGGUCUGAAGAUGGCUGCCCUCCAGGAGAGCUCGACAACCCACCCUACACACCGGCCGUGCUGGGCGAUUCCCUCUCUGCAAAGACGGUGUGUGCCUCGGCGAAGCAGAAAGCCUCGGUGCACUACAACCUCCACAACCUCUAUGGGCUGAUGGAAGCCGAAGCCACGGCGAGCGCACUGAUCCAGAUCCGGGGGAAGCGCCCCUUCAUCAUCUCCCGCUCCACCUUCCCUAGCCAGGGCCGGUACUCGGGCCACUGGCUUGGUGACAACCGGAGCCAGUGGAAGGACAUGUAUUACUCCAUCCCAGGGCUGCUGAGCUUCAGCCUCUUCGGCAUCCCGCUGGUCGGGGCGGACAUCUGCGGCUUCUCUGGCAGCACCUCGGAGGAGCUGUGCACCCGCUGGAUGCAGCUUGGUGCCUUCUACCCCUUUGCUCGCAACCACAACACCCAGAACGAGAAGGUUGAGGGCAGCGUGCCUG